CUUCUUCUUCCAAAGUGAGUUCAGCAUAGAGAUAGAUCUCUUUCUUUUCACCGUCAGCCAAAGGAAAAAAGCCGGGAAAAUACUAAAUAGCAAGAUAUGGGGAGCAGUGCGUCAACUACCACCUUGGCCAUGACUCUAUUCCUGCUAAUCAACAUCAUCUUCUUCCUACCAACUUCAACACUUGCUCGUACUGGUGUUGGUUCCCUGAAGGAUAGCAGCUGGCACAGUACUGCGGGCACCAGGAGAUAUCGUGGUGCACGUGGUCAAGUUUCUAAGGGUUGGUCGACCAUGUCAAAGGCAGCUGGUGCUGAAGCUUCUAAAGCGAUCGCCGGCAGAGGGAAUUGAUGGCCGCCGCCGGUCGCCAUGUGGGGAUAUAUAGUAUGAUCAUAUCAUCAGUAGCAAGCCAAGAUGAUGGAGAACGCCGGAAUAUAUUGUCGAGUCUAAUAUGGUGUGAUGUGUUAAUUUGUGUUCAUUAAGAACGAAUCGGUGUGUGUUGCAUUUUGUUGCUCUUGGGGUCUAAGAUGCUCGAUGUCGCCUGCCCUUGCAUUUUCUUAAAACCUUUGCUAGUGGUUUUUGCUUUUAUCCCCCAAAAAAAAAUUAUGAAUAAAUUUCCCCUUCUGCAAUCUAAGCAAUCUCUGACCUUAGUCGCACUACCCGACUUGUUUGGCGCAGGUGUUAUCUGACCCGCAAUAGCGUACAGCGGGAUAUGUUUAUUGUUUUCGACGUGCCUCGUUCCCCCCCCCCCCUCCCCCAGCCCCAUCUCGACUCAUUCUAUAGUGGUUUGCAUCAAAAUUUACGUGUAUGUCUCUUCUUUUGAUCUUUCUAAAAUCAUUUUUCAUCCCAAAUAAAUUUUAAAAUUCAAU